GGCGGCUCGGCGCCAGUUCCGGGCCCGCCCGAGAUGGAGCGGCUCCACGCGGCGCUGCGCGACGCCAGCUCGGAGCUGGUGCCGGUGCGCGCGCACGGCAUCAUCGAGCUGCGCAACAUGGUGCUGGCCAGAUCGCCGGUGAUCCGCGGCGAUCAGCUGGACGCCACGGUCGGCGUCUUCGUCGACGCUGUGCGUGCGGCCGACAGCUACGUGCACCUCAACGCCGUGCGCGGGCUGGCGGCGCUGGCGGACGCGCACGCCGCGCAGUUCAUCCCGCGGCUGGUCGACAUGUACGCGGCGGAGCCCUCGGCUGCUGGGUUAGACGAGACGCUGCGUGUUGGCGAGGCGCUGGUGCAGACCGUGCAGCGCGCUGGCCAGACCAUCCCGCAGUAC